CACCGGCCGCGCGAUUACUUUUCGUUACUGUUUGUGUUGCGUUAUAACAACGUUAUGAGGAGAAAUGAAAACCAACCGAGGCCGACGGCAGGCUGUCUGUCUGUGCCACUGUUCAACCAGAAGAAAAGGAGUAGAUUGCCUUUGACCUCCAAUCCAUCUGAGAGUGGAACGUGCUCUGGCAGUUUAAUAAAUGUAGGACAUUCUCAGGAAACGGCUAAUCAAGUCCCUCUAGCUCAGAGAAAUCAGUGGUACCAGCAAGCCAACUCACAGCCUCACCAAGACAAAGCUUGGCCCACUACUUCAUCUGGUUCAACAGGAGGAGGAUAUGCGCCUAUACCUCACCCACAUAAACCUGCUUAUGCUUGGUCACAGACAGGAGAGCAUUCUAUGGCGAUCACUUCUAGCUUCUGGCAGGGCGGAUUUCCUAAUGUGUGUGUAAGCACUGAGGGCCAGCCUAGACCGUUCCCCGGCAAGCAGCUGGUGCAGCAGCAGUUACUCAGCAGACAGGCCCACCCACCCAAAGGGUCUUUACCAUCUCAGCAGCUUGUGUCUGCUCAGAGUCAGGCCUCCCACUGGAGGUUCAAAUCUGCUGCACAUACUGGUGGUGGACAGGCAGGGCUGUGGGUCGAGGACACCUUUGGCACUUCAAGAAGUGUGAGCAAUGCAGGGCAGCAGGAAGUCACUAAGAAAUCUGUAGUGUCCAAGGCAAAGCCAUCAAGUGAGAAAUCCCUGCGAAUCCUCACAGCUGUGAUAGAGGGUAUGAGACACUGGAGUCAGUACAAGGACAAAGUCCCGAUGCUGUUUGAGAUUUUUGCCACUCUUGACUCUGCAGUUACAAUAGGAAAAUAUGGUGCCAAGAACUUCCUCAUGAGGGAUGGGAAAGAAGCAGUACAGUGUGUGUACUACGAAAACGACCAGCCGCUGCCCAGACUGAUCCGGGGUCAGCUGCAUCGCUGUGUGGGGAACUACGACAGGCAGAAGGACGUGCUCACUUGCAUGGCUGUACGGGCUGCUUCUGUUUCUGAGCAGAGGAACGCCCAGCAGGCCGUGAAGGUGUCAGAUGGUGAGAUGAGAAAUGUGGUACAGGCUCUAACUGAAAUGUGAUAUGAAGAGGAGCCCAAGAGGGAGUCACAGAGCAGGACAACUUCAAGACAGGAUGCGCAAGUUGAGGUUGUUGGUUGUUGUUGUUUUUUUUGUUUUUUUUUCCUCCUCCGAAAUUGAAUAUUAGUCCUAAGAUGAAGCAGUUUUAUGGCUUUAAAUAAUGCAGAGCCAAUUCUGUUGGUUUAUUUGAAAUCAGCAGUUUUCUAGUUUGGGUUUGUAUUAUUUUUUUUUUGUGUGUAUGUGUGCUGUAAAUUUGCAUAUCCUUGCAUAUCCUUCAGUUCAUAAUUAAUGACAAUGUAAACCUUAAAACUAUGUUCCAUGUUUAGCUUGAGAAUGCAAAACAUUUUUUUUAAUUUUCUUUGUUAAUGAAACAUUUUAUUAUAAAGCAAAAACACAUAACAGCAAGUCUUGUUAAGGGUCAGUGAAUAAACAAACACAACAAUGAGGUAAUAUCUCAAAAUAUAUCUUUCAAAAAGGGGACCAACCAUUGAACAGCCAUCUUACAUAUUUAUUUACAGCCAAAAACGCACAAUGAAAAACCUAGUACAACUAAUCUAAUCAGUUAACCAGUGGUCAGACUUAACACAUUACCAUGGAUGAAGGGGCUUACUGUGCCUUUAGGCUUGUAGAGUCAGCUUAGCACAGUAUAGGAACCUAUGCAUGAGUACAUACAGCUCAUACAUUUGGAUGCAUACUUAUUACUUUGAUGGCAAUUAGGGCCUUCUUAAAUUAUUUCACAUACACAGUCUGUUUUGGCAAGUUAAAAAAAAAAACAAAUUUAAACUAAACAUUUACACUUACACGUUGGGGAUAGAUUUUGGUCAGUCGGCUUUUGUCUAGAGUGAAAUGUGAACCGCAUGCUUAAUUAAGUUAAUGAAAGGAAGGAAGGAAAUGGGGAAAUUAUCUUGAGAGUCCCAUCAUUUAGCCACACUGAACACAUUACACACUAAAGGAAGCAACAGAAAAGAGCGGUGACGGAUGUUUGGGCUUGUGAAUUUUUACCUCUGCUCAUUGACAUUUUUUGCUGUAUUGUGUAGAGAAUUAAUUCUUCAGUAAUACACCACAACCUCUUUAGUCAGUCAUGCAUUACUCGCCAAGAGUAACGGACAAGUAUUUGAUAUAACCCAGCUAGGUGUGCCUCUGUCUCUCUUUUCUUUUAGUCAUUCCUAUUCAGCCUUUUCCCAGUCUCCAUUUUGUCCAUUUUCUUCACUUUUCACAUUCCAUUGUGUAGAGGUUUUUGAAUCAAGACAUACAUACCAGUUUAAUGUGAACUUGCCAAAGUUACAAUGAUGAUUUGCAACUGAAACGGUCCCUUUUGCAUUUGUAACAAAAUGAGAUGUAUGGAAAUGCACAAUACAGUGGAGUUAAAACGAGGAAGCAUUUACAAAACCACAGUUUCAGCAGAGGUUGGUAACCUGAUAGAAGGUGUUGAAGUCUUCUCAGUCAUGGUAAAAAAAGGCACAAGUCGGUAAGGGCAGAAAAGGUUUUUUUGUUUGUUUGUUUGUUUUUCUUUUCAUCAAGAGUCUUGAUGUUACUAAGCCUGCCUUUGUGUUUUUGUAAUAAGGGUGUGUCUGUUCCUUUGCCAUUUUGUAAUCCACAAUGUUGAGUGUAAUGGAAGGUUUAAGUACAAAAUAUACAGUACGACUUGCAAGAUUCUUGUUACAACAUAAAGUACGAGGCAAACUGGCACAGAUGUUUUUGAGGGGCUUUGUUUUAUGUCAUUCAACAUUACAACACAGUUUUUUAUAUGCCAAGAAAAAUCAGAGCUCGUUAGCAGGGUGUACUGUCUAAGUACAGAUUCUUAGGAUACAUGAUGUGGAUAAAGGCCUCAGCUGCUAAGUCUGCCAAUUUCUCACCAUUUGGAGGUCCACCGAGUAGCUAAAACCCAUGGAACAAAUAAGACCCCAAAAACACUCCUGGAAAGUAAUUUGUGUGAUGGAAAUUGUUCAUGACCAGGGUUACUUUUAUUGUUUUCUAUUAGCCACAGUGUUUGUUGUUAUUGGUUCAGGACUGUAUAAAGUCACCUGUAAAUAUAUAACAAAACUUCCAACAUGUUGGAACAUUCCAAUUUUCCACUGGGAUCCUGAAUCCAGAUUUCUCAGGCGCUGUGUUCCAUACACAAAACCGGUGCAGAAACAGUCUUGUAGUUAAUGAAACCAUGAAGAGUCUUUGGAUUCUCCUCUAAUUUCAUUUGUCUUGUUUCAUUGUCAUUCGGACAAUUAAACCUGAAAGCCUGAUGAGAAUUUGUGGAUUUCUGUUCGACGACAUGGAUAUUCCCUGAUGUUUUGGAGCAUGGUUCUCCUUAUCCACUCACACUCUUUACAUGAGGAUGUAUCUCAUGUAAGCAGAGACUUUUCCAAAAACACUUUUACUGUUUAUGCAGUUUUGUCUGCCAUUUUAGUUUGUGCCUUACCAAAGAAAAAUCCAGUUUUGAUGCACUUGCAUUUUAAUUAACAUUAGCAAGGGUGCAGGUUAAUUUUUAGGGAGUGAUGAGGAGAAAGGUCUGUGAAAGUUGCGUUUCCGAUCCUAAAAUCAUUUUUCAAAAUGUGAUUUCACUAUGACGAAUGCCUGAGCAAUGGAAGUACUUCAUCAAAUGAGGGAAGACAAUGUAACACAUCACACAAUGAACACAGUGGUUCUCCUGGGCACAUGUGUCCUAAAGUGGCAUCAUAACCUUUAGAUCUUGGUUGAUGGUAUCCAUGAAACCUGCACCGCUCAGACCAGGUACAGUGGCAGGUCAUUUAUA